AUCCUACAACUGCUAGAUAUGAAUUCAACUUGACAGGACCUUCCCACAUGAGUUUGUUUAUCCAAGCCUAUGAAGACGUUGAGAUAAGCAACUGGUCAUUCUCACGUAGUUAUCUGGAAAAUCCUCCACCGUAUCCAUUGUCUUAUCACAUAUAUUUCGUUUACGGCAUUGACAACUCUCCGCUUAACUUCUUUUUGGAAUUCACUAAGGCGGACGGAGAUUUCGAAGUACCGAUAUUCCAGCUGGGAGUUUCUGGGCAUUAUAUUGAGCUAGAGGGUGACGCAGAAAGUCUGGAAUUCGCAUCUACGUUCCCAUCCUUCGGGAUUCUCGCCACAUGGCCUGUACUCUACCAACGAUAUAUUUUUUAAUAA